AUGGAUCGGCUUACAAUCUACACUGCAGCCUUCUUCACCAUAACAUUUAUGUUUCUCACAACAAUUAUCUCCAAGAUCAUUGCAAGAAUCAGAACCGUUCUACCUAGUCGCAGAGAAAAUAGAUCACCAUCUCGGCCAACACAAGUGGUGAGUGGAGCUCCUCUACUGGUGGCUCUGCUCACACUUGUGACGCCCAAAAAGGGUUUACAUGCUGCAAUCCAUUACCUACACAUGAAGAUGGGCAGUGUGUUCACGGUGAACCUUCUAGGGCUGAAGAAGGUGACGUUCUUGGUUGGGCCAGAGGUCACUCCUCAUUUCUUCAGAGCGUCACCCUCUGAGAUCGACUUCGGUGUUACGGCUAAGAUCAUUGUGCCCGUCCUUGGUCCUGGAGUUCUCUUUGGCGUGGACUUGGCUACAAGGAAUGAGCAGAUCCGAUUUUGUAUCAAGGCGAUAAAGCCGGCCAGGUUACAAAGAGAUGUGCAUUCCAUGGUUCGUGAACUGGAGUGCUACUUUUCAAAAUGGGAACAACAUGGGAUUGUUGAUCUAAAGCACGAGUUGGGGCAGCUGAUCGUGGUGAUCGCAAAUAGAUUCUUACUUGGCAACGAGAUCAAAGACAAGAACUUGGGAGAAGUGUCCACACUCCUCCAUGAAAUAUUUGAAAACAGCUUCCACAUGAUUAACUUCUUCUUCCCACACCUCCCAAUACAGUCACACCGUCGACGUGAUGAAGCACGUGCAAGGCUUGGAGAAAUACUCGGAGACAUAGUCAGAUCACGGAGAAGAAUUAUCUCAGCCCGAGUCGGGGACGACCAUGAAGAAGAUGGCGAUGUGCUGCAAAGUUUCAUCGACUCCAAAUACAGCGACGGCCGAUCCAUGACCGAUAGAGAGAUUGUCGGGCUACUCAUCGGAAUAUUGUUCGCAGGGCAACACACGAGCAUGAGCACCAGCACUUGGACGGGAGCUUGCCUUCUGACCCAUGAAAAAUACUUGGCAGCUGCAGUGGAAGAGCAGAGGAAAAUCAUUGCGCAAAAUGGGGAACUCAUGGACUACACCAUCUUGUCAAAGAUGGGCACCUUGCAUUGUUGCAUCAGAGAGGCACUGAGGCUCUACUCCCCAACGCCAAUGCUAGUCCGACAGUCACACAAGAGCUUCACCGUGAAAACUAGAGAAGGCAUUGAUUAUGAGAUCCCCAAAGGGCACACAUUGGCGUGUUCCAUAGCGCUUAGCAACAAGCUGCCUUACAUCUACAAGAACCCUGAUGUGUAUGAUCCGUGUCGGUUUGGUCCAGGAAGGGCCGAGGACAAAGCUGGCGGCAAGUUCUCAGACUUGUCGUUUGGUGCCGGGAGGUACUCCUGCUUGGGAGAGGACUAUGCUUUCAUGCAAAUCAAGGUGAUAUGGAGCUUUUUGCUAAGGAACUUUGAGCUGAAGUUGAUAUCCCCUUUCCCCGAGCAAGAGCAUGAGAAAAUAUUGCCAGGCCCUAGAGGAAGAGUAAUGGUUACUUAUAGGAGAAGAUCACUAGUGACUUAG